AUGGAACCAUCUGCGUGCGCCAUUGAAGAGUCGCCAGUAUGCAGCGGACGACUCGUGCCAACGUGCCCUCCCGCACGUCGCGAUGAACGGGCUUCCGUGACGAUCAGCACGACACGUGACCUGGUCCGGAAGAACGGAACGCUCGGCAACCUCAACAUGAACUCGGCGAUCCCCGCGCCCGGCUCGACGAUGAAGCGAUCCAACGCCAGCAACGCCGGCGGCGCAGGCGGCCACGUCCGAUCCGUGUCGGGAUCCAGGCAAUCCCUGGCCCUGUCGAGACCGAGCCAGCCUCUCUUCCAGCGGUCCUCCUCGGGCACCAACCUCACAGACCUCGGCCUCUCCUCGGUCAAGCGGUCGUCGUUUCAGCAUCCCAAGGGAUCCUACGGCGCCGUGCCGCAAACGCCGGCCCAGGCGAGGGCGUCGUCGACCGACGGCGACCGCCGCAGCAGCGUCUACCGGCCGCGGCAGUCGACGGCCGGACCCGUCAUCCACCACCAGAGCUUCUUCCAAACGACGCUGCAGCCGGCGGGCGUGCCCCGCGAUCCUCGGCCGCUCAAGGACCGGUCCUUCCAGGCGCGCAUCGGCCAGGAGCUGCUCGAGUACAUGGCCCGCAACGACUUCGAGGCCGAGAUGAACCACGCACUGUCGCCAAACGCCAUCAAGUCGCCGACGCAAAAGGACUUCAACAACAUGUUCCAGUGGCUCUACCACCGCAUCGACCCGAGCCACCGGUUCCUCAAAAACAUCGACCAGGAGGUGCCGCCGAUCCUGAAGCAGCUCCGAUACCCGUUCGAGAGAAGCAUCACCAAGAGCCAGCUCGCCGCCGUCGGAGGCCAGAACUGGAGCACCUUUCUCGGCCUGCUCCACUGGAUGAUGCAGCUGGCCCGGAUGCUCGACGGCUACGCGGCCAACGAGUACGGCGAGGCCUGCCUCGAGGCCGGCGUCGACGUCGGCGGCGACCACAUCAUAUUCGGCUUCCUCAGCGGCGCCUACCGCGACUGGCUCUCCAUGGACGAGGAUACGAGCGACGAGGACGCGGCUCAGGUGCUGAGGCCCCACGUCGAGGCCAUGGCCGACGCGUUCGAGCAGUCGAGGGCCAAGUACACGGACGAGCUCGAGAUGCUCGAGGCCGAGAACGACAGGCUGCUCAAGGAGAUUGAGGCGCUCGAAAAGUCGACGCCCGACCCGGCCGUGCUGGACAACCACUUCAAGAUCAUGGAGGAGGACAAGGGCAAGUUCGAGGAGUACAACGUCGUGGCGGUGCAGCGGUCGGAAAAGUACGAGCAUCGGAUCAAGGUGCUGCAGGGGGAGCUCGACAAGCUCGCCGACGAGCUCAAGGAGGCCGAGGACGAGAGGCGGACGCUCCAGAGGGCCGUCGACGCGCAAGGCAUCAGCAUGCAGGAUAUGGACCGCAUGACGGCCGAGCGCGAACGGCUGCAGAAGGGCAUCGAGUCGGCCGGCCAGAGGCUCGACGAGGUGAAGCGGAAGGUGGCGGAGCGCGAGUCGGAGGCGAGCGGCAAGCUCGACGAGCUCGAGCGCAUGGUGGACGGGUACAACACGGCGGCCUACCGGAUCGCGCUCAUCCCCGCGACGGCGGCCAACGCCCACGGCGGCCAGUACGAGCUCCAGGUGACGGUCGACGACGGCGCCGACUUUACGUCGAGCAACCUCCAGGCCGUCGGCGGCGGCCGGUCGUCGGCCGAGCGGCUGCUGCUGGACGCCACGACCGGCUACGCGCCCGGGCACGUCCUCAACCUCGACCUCCGGGGCCAGGUCCGCGGCAGCUUCCUCGCGCUGCGCAAGGACAUUUCGGAGCGGCGCAGCGCCGCCAUGGACGACAUGAUGAAGGACCACGAGCUGCUGGACGGCAUCAAGGAGGCAAUCGAGGACAAGCGGAGCGAGGUCGACGCCCUCAACCACCGGGCGAGGGCGGCCGAGGAGGAGUACGAGAAGACGCGGGAGCUGACGAGCGCGCAAAAGAUUGCGUCGGAGGCGCAGAUUGAGAAGAUGGAAACGGAGCUGUCCCGGAUGCGGACGAGCCUGACGGAAUCGGUGCAGCUGAUGGAGCAGCGCGAGAUGAACACGACGAUCGAGUACGAGCAGCUCGUUUUGCGGGCAAACGCGCAGCGAGAGGAGCUGCACACGGAGAUUGACCGCAUCCUCAACGACGUCAUCAAGUUCAAGAUUCACAUCCAAAAGAAUCUCGACGACUACGAGGGCUUCGUCGCCGACGAGCUGGAAAAGGAGCUCGGCGUCGACGAGCUGCGCGACAACACGCAGGCGAUGACACUAUGA